AGAAUCUGUACGCAGACCGCAUCGUCAGUUCGCGCUGGAUCUCUUGCAGAAAACGAUGUGCCGGUCGCAAUAGUAGAAAACUAUGGAUCGCUCGCUGCAGUCGUCGUGCGUGUCCUGCUUCAAAGAGGCGCCGCCCUACAAAUGUCCCAAGUGCAUGGCCCGCUACUGCUCCGUCGCCUGCUUCAACACCCACAAAGCGCGCACGUCGUGCACCGGCAUGAAAGACAUUAAAGAUGCCGUCAUACGCUAUAUCUCGCGCACGGAGCUGAUGGGCACGCGAGGCUACGCGGAUCUGAACGCGGAAGCAAACGACGAGAGCGGCGCGGCUUCGCGGCCGCAGCCUGAUGAGGACGAACGAGAGAUAGAGAAACGGCAGAGAAUCGGCGAUCGGGACUAUAAUUUCCUCAGUCUUAUUGAGCGAAGAAUCGGCGUGCAGAAAAAUAUUGCACAGGACGCCCUGCGUCGGGGAUCAAGUCGCUUGGGACGUCGCGGUCGGGGGCGGGGUCGAGGAGGGAGAGGGCAGUCUUCGACAAGAGUUACAGCUCAGCAGAAUGAUCACUCUAGCAAAAAUACAGAGGCUGGAGAUGGUCGACCGUCUGAUGUUGGCAGAGAUACAACUGCUGAUCCUAAAGAAGUUGCUGCAGAGAACGAGGACGAGCACCCUGCUGAAGAGCCAAUCGAGCAAGCGCCGGCUGAUCGUAUACCAGAUAUAAGGGAAAUCGAAGAUGGUGACGAUGACGACGAUGGUCCGCCAGAGGAAAUAUCAAUCGUGCGGGGAAAAGAACUACAGAAAGACACAUCUACACACAUUUCAGACAACUUACCAGACAGUGUUCAAACGGCGACUACAGGUCAAGACGAAAGCAUAGAGCAAGGCCCUGUACCUUGAUUGUAUAUACGGUGAUAGACUUCUUGGAAAUACAAUGAAUAUUAUUAUAUA